AUCCUCGCCCCCACUGCUGCCUCCAUCCCUCCCCCUGCGCCCCCAUCUCAACCGCCCCCCAUCACCUUCCUGGGCUCAAUGCUCUUCUCACGCUUUGUCUCUGGUUGUCGAGUCGUGCCUCAGGGUGUGAAGCAAACUAUUGGAGGAGUGUCACUGCAAGGAUUUGGAGCUUCUUAUGACAGUUAUCAUGUACCCUAUCUCACUGCAGCCGCUGCUAUAGGAGGUUCGAAGGAGGAAGUGGAUGAUUUUAUUUUACGACUUGAUAAGUGCCUUGUUGAUUAUAGAAAGAAGCUGCAGACUUCCACAGUCAGUAAUCUCAGUGAUUCUGAAGCAACCUCGAUGCCAUGAUAUCAUACGGUAAGCCCUUGUCAAGAACCAAGACAAGUGGGCGCGUUGCUGUGAAAUCCCUGAGAAAGAAGAGGCCAUUUGUGUCCCAGCCUCUCAGGUCCGAGCCUGUCAGAUCCGAGCCUGCCAGGUCCGAGUUAAGAGCUGGAUCUACUGCGCCUGGAGAAGCGCGAGGAGGAGAACGGGGAAGGGGAGGAGGAGGUGGUGGAGAGAGAGGGGGGGGUGGAGGAGGAGGAGGCCGAGGAGGCGGAAGAGGAGGAGGAGGAGGAGGAGGAGGAGGAGGAGGAGGAGGAGGAGGAGGAGGAGGAGGAGGAGGAGGAGGAGGAGGAGGAGGAGGAGGAGGAGGAGGAAGAGGAGGAACGAAAGUGGUCGACGCGGUAGACACAAGAUCAAUGAAACAGCAGCAGCAGUAGCAGCAGCCAGGUUGGUAUGAUGAAA